ACCCUCUUGUGGGACGCAGGAACCUUGGAAAAUCCGGCCUUCGUGUUUCCUGUCUUGGCCUUGGUACGUGGGUCACCUUUGGAUCCCAGAUCUCGGAUGAGAUGGCGGAGAACGUGCUCACCAUUGCUUACGAGAACGGCGUCAACCUCUUCGACACGGCCGAGGUCUACGCUUCUGGCAAAGCUGAGAAAACUUUGGGGAACAUCCUGAAGAGCAAAGGAUGGAGGCGAUCCAGCUACGUCGUCACCACCAAGAUUUACUGGGGAGGCCAGGCCGAGACAGAGAGAGGGUUAUCACGGAAACACAUUAUUGAAGGCUUAAAGGGGUCCUUGCAACGGCUUCAGCUGGAAUACGUGGACAUCGUCUUCGCCAACCGGAUGGAUGCCAACAGCCCCAUGGAAGAGAUCGUCCGGGCCAUGACGUAUGUCAUCAACCAGGGAAUGGCCAUGUACUGGGGGACAUCUCGCUGGAGCGCCAUGGAAAUCAUGGAGGCCUAUUCGGUGGCGCGACAAUUCAACCUCAUUCCACCCGUCUGCGAGCAAGCCGAGUACCACAUGUUCCAGCGGGAUAAGGUGGAGACGCAACUUCCAGAGCUCUAUCACAAGAUCGGGGUGGGAGCCAUCACCUGGUCUCCGCUGGCAUGUGGACUUAUCACAGGAAAAUACGAGGAGAGGGUCCCCGAAAACUGCCGUGCAGCCAUGAAGGGGUACCAGUGGCUGAAGGAGAAGCUGCAGAGCGAGGAUGGGAAGAAGCAGCAGGCGAAAGUGAAGGAACUCCACCCGAUUGCGGAGCGCCUAGGGUGCACGGUGGCGCAGCUGGCGAUCGCCUGGUGUCUCCGCUCGGAAGGUGUCAGCUCCGUCCUUCUGGGGGUCUCCAGCACCGACCAGCUCAUCGAGAACUUGGGCUCAAUUCAGGUCCUCACCCAGCUGACGCCGCAGGUGGUCCAGGAAAUAGACGCUCUCCUGGGUAACAAACCCAAUACGAAGAAAGAGUCCCGGGCGUAGGGACACAUUGACGCCCGGGGCUGUGCACGCUUGUGUCCCUAUGGACUGCGCCUCCUCCUGCCCCUCCUCAGCAGGGUGGGGGCUCCUACCGCCCCCGCCUGUCCGCCCGCCCUGCCCCCCUCCGACAUGCUCUCCCACCAGCUGCUGCCUCGUCAUUUUUGGUGGGGGUGGGCGGGGAAGGGGCCGCUUUUGCGCAUGAACCAAAUAUCCGUAUACUUCCAUGGUGGGUGAAAUAGGGGGCAGGAUUAGGGGGUUACUCUGCCCCACAGGGGCUGCUUAGACAACAGUUCCAAUAUAUGGCAUGCACCACUCAGCUAGGGAACUGGCAGGUGAGGAGAGGCUCACAAUACGCCUGGUUUUGAUUUAUUUUUGGGGGGGGGCAGGCAGGUUAUUGCAAAGGAGGGGGCGGUAUGAAAAUAAGCACACAAUGGGCGUUUGAUGACAAUUCGCUUUUCUGAAUUCGUGAGAAGCAAAACUCUCGUCCCAAGUCCCGUGUCGAUUGUGAGUUAUUCCAUUUAUUUCUCUCUUUUUCCCCCCAGAUCUCUGUUUAGUGUCCCAUUAACACCCACUCACCCCCCUCCCCAUCUCUUGUUGGUUCUGUGAUGGUCUCGAGCAAUUGGGGAACAAUUCAGAGGGUCCCUGGGAUCAACACGUUUUCCUUGGGACUUGCUCAACCAGCCCUUGAAAUGAGGGAGAAAAUGCACAGACCUUCCCACGUUGCUUUUGGGGGGGCACCCUGUCCCAUAUUCGAGCAGAAUGAGGCUUUUCUUCCACCCAGGCAUGGGGCAUUCAAGGGCUCCCCCAGGAUGCCCUUUGCCCAUCCCUGGUCUUGAAAGGACCCUGAAAGGAGACACGUACCAUCCGGGUUCAAGCUCCAUCAGAAUGGACGCGCUGUACCCUGAAGUCUGAACAACUAGCGGGAGUGGCCUUUGGAGUUUCCUGGGCUGGGCAUCGAAUCUUGUCAGGCCCACAGUUGUAUGAAGGGCUCGGGUAGGACACAGCUGGAAGGAUGACCAAAAUCUGGAGAGGACAGAGAGAUGCCCCCUCCAUGACCCCAUCCUGGAUGGAGGCUGCGGAAGGCCCGGCCCGUUCUCUUUUCCCCCAAAUUUAAUAUUCCGGGAAUCCUUCGGCUCAGCCUCCUGCCCUAACUCUUCCGCCAGCCGCCUCCGGCCGUUCCACCGACAUGGCCUCCUGUCCAUGUUUCCAUGGAACUGAAAUAUUUGGGGCUAAGAAGCUGGUGCCGUUGGCUCAGCCCUCGUCAGUAGCCAAGGCAGAGGGCCGGUUGGCCAUCCAACCUCCAUUUUGAGCAAGUGCUCGCCACGUGGUUUGGAGCAGCCUUUCCCAAUUCUGGCUCCUUCCUGACCGGUGUGACUACAACUCCCCCUACAUUGGUCAUGCGGGUUGGGGAUGCUGGGGGAUGUCAUUGGAGACAGAAAAUGGCCAGCGAGCCGUGAGUUUGCAAGGAGGCCCGAUUUUAGAUGGAAGGUGACCGGACCCUGGGCACGGUGCCGAAUUCUAGCCCCAAGUUAAGUUGAGCACCUUGGGUAACCCGUGUAAAGUUCGGACUGAACUCCGGGGCGGAUUCAGAGCUCCUAGCGAACCCUACUAACCAACUUUGGCCCAAGAUAGCCAGAAUGCACUAGGUUGAGGGAGGUUGGGCAAGAGUGGGAGAAAUCCCUUAAGACUGAUCUUUAAGACCCCCUCCCCAUAAGAUUUGUGGCACCUUCGCCUAACACUGUACCUGGUUUACGGAGAGACGUCUCGAUCGAGUAGACUUGUAGUUCU